GUUAAUAUUUGUCGGCGCAGGGCUCUGGCUGCGACUUUCAUCGAGAAGUCGCAAUUUUUUGGAAAUAUCUAGUGAAAAAAUAAAUAAAAUCGGAAAAUUACUCAAUUUCUUAAGAAAAUGUAUAAAAAUAAUUAACAAAAGUUGAAACAAAUAAAAAAUUUGUGUCUAAAACGUUUAAAUACAUUUCGCAAACGCAUUAGUGACGUUUAACAAAAUUAAAGAGCAAAAUUUAUGGUGUCUCUUUGGAUGAAUUGCAGCACUAACACGCAUACACUACGUCGUUCGAGAAGAAAAGUCAUUGGACCUCAUAUGUAGAGUUUUUCCUUCAUUUUUUGGACGACACCACGAAAUUUUUGCACAUACAUACUUAUAUAUUAAAUAUAUAAAACAAUAAUUAACGCGUUUUAAUUAAGCAUAUUGCAUAUUCCAUAAAAGUUUAAUUAAAUUAAAGUAAUAAUGACCUCUAUAGUUGAAGUUAUACAACAUUAUCAACGUAGCAUUGAUAGCAGUCAAGACAAUGAGGCCAGGUUACUUCACUGUAUCAACAAACUCUACAAAUUGCCCAUUAAAGUCGAACAUCUGCAAGAGACUGGUGUAGGUAAAACUGUAAACUCAUUAAGAAAGUUUAAUGGCGAAAUAGGCGUUGCAGCUAAAACUCUGGUUACGAAAUGGAAAGCAAUGGUAGCGGCCGAAGAAGAACCCAUGGACACUACUUCACAGACAAACGAGAGUGAAACGCAUAACGGUUCUAAUGGUGAUGAUGGUGGUACAACACCACAUGACGAAGAAGAUGAAAAUCAUAAUCGAAAUAAUACCAGUCAGCAAUAUGAACACAGCAAGAAACAUCAUCGUAGUGAAGAAAAAAAAGACAAACACAAAGAUAGACACAAGGAUCGCAGUAGUAGCAGCAGUAAUGGACACAAGGAACAUAGCAAACAGUCUUCAUCUCAUAAUAGUGAAAAAUCAUCAAAAAACUCAAAUGAAAAUCAUAAAUCAUCAUCGUCUUCAAAAGAGAAAGAGAGUCAUCAUAAAAGCAGCAGUAGCAGUCAUAAGGAUAAGGAGAGAGAAAAAGAGAAGACCGAUCAGAAAAGUAGUAGAGAUAAAGAUAAGCAUAAAGAGCGAGAUCAUGAUAAGGACAAAGAACGUAGCGACAGAAAGCGUGAAGAAAAAUCAAAAGCGGAUAAAGAACACAAAUCGGAAUCACCCAGUAACACUCUUUCAUCUCAACACAAAAGUAGUAGUAAUUCAAGCAGUUCUAAAUCUAAGCAUGAGGACAAACACAGUCAAUCCUCGUCGAAGGAUAAAGAACGCUCGGAUAAACAUAAAAGUUCUUCAAAAGAUAAAGUACGAACAAAAGAUGAAAAGUCCUCAUCCCAAACAUCCUCUUCAAAAGAUAAAAAUGAACACAAAUCUUCUUCAACACCAUCUACCUCUAAAUCCUCAACCAAAGAUCCCGACAGUGCCGACCGAAAAAGACGUCACAAUUCUGAUAAUGACUCUAACGACUUUAAAUCUCCACAACCUAAAGUGGCAAAAGUACAUAAAUCAUCAUCGUCAUCCUCAACACUAGCCUCCAAAUCGGAAACUUCUCCACCUUUGCAGACGGCAGAAGAAGAUGCAGUAGAUGAUAGUUUUGAUUCGUCGAUGGGUGCUAAUUUCGAUGAUGUCUUGGGUAUGUUAAAUAUGCCGAUCAAAAAGAGCAAAAAGUCAACGAAAUCACCCUCUACACCCGCCAGCGGCAGUAGUACAGCUAAAAAGGAAACUACCACACCGCAUAGGCCAACAACAAGCAGCAGUAGUAGCAGUAGUAGUGGGAGUGCUGUUGCUAACAAAGUAAAUGGUACAAGAAUAGCAUUUACUUCCAAUUCCUCAUCAUCAUACUCAACGCCAAGUACUUCAAAAGCCAGUACAAUGAAACCGGAUUUGCUGGCACCAUCUGCAAAAUUAGAACCUUUAGAUCCUAGCAUUGCCUUAGAAUUGCCCACAAUAUCUACCAAUUAUAAGCCUAUGCCGCUUAAUCAAACUGUUAUGGAUUGUGUGUUUAAUAACUCUGCUGCCUCAUCCAGACCUGUGCGCACCCUAACCGAUGCGGAAGCUAUAACUCAUGGUAUUUCAUCAAAAACAAUGAGAACAAAAAUUUAUUCUGGUGUUCGCACUGGACAAACAUUUCAAGUACCCAGUCUAUUUGACAUGUGCAUAAGAAUAUUACAAAAGAAUAUUGAUGCAUUGGAGUACACGGGCGGUGUGCCUUUUGAAGUUCUUAAGCCGGUCUUGGAACGUGCUUCACCUCAACAGUUGUAUGUUUUCGAAGAAUAUAAUCCCUAUCUUAUGGAAGAUAGUGAUGUUUUAUGGCAACAACAUGUUUCACGUAACUAUCGUACAAAGAAACGACUUGAAAAUGAAUCGUGGAGAGAAAUGUACAUUCGUUGCCAAGAAGAAGACGAACGUAGACUAAGUGUUCUAAAGGAUUCUAUAAAAGCAUCACAAAAAAUAGCAGCAGCUCCCGUGCGAAAAACACAAUUGGCGUUCGUAGAUUCAAUGGUUAAGCCGCCACGUAAUAUUCAAAAAAGACAAGAACAAUUCGGAACAAAAUCUAAAAUGGUGGCCACACCAGCGGCACGUGUAGCCUCGCUAUCUAGCGUAACACCGAAUGCAGCUAAAACAGGAGAUCAAAGGCUUAGAGUGGCACCCACUGUUAGAGAUCAUGCUCAAGUCUCUUCAUCAAUACGUAACAAAAAAGCUCCACUUAUGCAAAAGACCCUACAAUUUAUAAGGGGUCGUCAUAAGCGUUAAAUAAUAUACGUUUUUAAAAUAAUCUUCUUUUAAGUCUCAUUUAUAUUAUAAACAUUAUAUAGACAUUUAUUUAAAACAAAACAAAUAGCAACUUGAUAAUUUAUUAAUAUUAAAAUAUUUAUAGCGUGAUAUUUGCCUAUUUU